GACAUUUUCUUUGUAAAAAUUUUCCCAAAAUAUUUAGGAAAUAUAUACGUAUUUUUAGUAGCUAUAUAGAGGCCAUGCUUAUGCUAAAAAUAUAGGAAUUUUUUCAGCCCCGAUGAAAAAAAUAUUGAGAUGGGCUAUUUCAUAUAAGUAUGAACAUAUCAAUGCGCGCUAUUAAUUUACUGGUGAUUGGCUUUGGUUACUAGCGAACUGGGCCUAUUGGCAUUUUGCUGCUUUAUAUAAAUUUCAUAUUGAUUUUUCUGAAGGCUUUUGUGAAAUAUUCCUUAAUUAUUCAUAAUCAUAUACGCACCGAAAGAGUAAUUGGAGAUAAUAGUUAACUUACCAAAUUCUGCUCUCUGUGGUUGUGGUCUGUGUCAACCAUUCUUUCAGUUAAAUUUUGAUUUGGAGUUGAAACAAUUUUGAAACGUUUUGUUGAGAAAAAAUAUUUAGUAUGCAGAGGCAAACGCGUUUAGCACGCGAACUUUCAAAAAUAGGUAAUUCAGAUAUGAAAACAAUUUGUGUGUUUGCAAAAGAUGAAAAUAUGAACGUUUUGGAAGCUCAGAUAAUUGGUCCCGAAAAUACCCCUUAUGAGAAAGGAAUUUUUAAACUAGAGAUUAUAAUACCAGAGAAAUAUCCAUUUAUGCCGCCUUCCAUAAGGUUUAUUACCAAAGUUUAUCAUCCUAACAUUGAUGAAAAUGGACGAAUCUGUAUGGACUUAAUCAAAAUGCCACCAAAAGGCAGUUGGAAGCCUACUAUUGGAUUAGAAGGAGUCCUGAUAGCAAUUCGAAUGCUCUUAGAAACACCUAAUCCAGAUGAUCCUCUCAUAGCAGAUAUAGCUGAACAAUAUAAAAGAUCCAUUGAAGAUUUUGUGAAGAAGGCUAAGGAAUACACAAUACAAUAUGCUUGUUGACAAU